AUGGCCUUGGCGGGCGCCGAGGUCGCGGCUGACAGGCCGGGAUCGCCGGCGCCGGGCGCCCCCGCCGGCUCCGCGUCGUCGUCGUCCGCCUCCUCCGGGGGCUCGGCCUCGGCCUCGGCCUCGGCGGGAGCGGGGCUGUGGGCCGCGCUGUACGACUACGAGGCGCGCGGCGAGGACGAGCUGAGCCUGCGACGCGGCCAGCUGGUGGAGGUGCUGUCCCAGGACGCCGCCGUGUCGGGCGACGAGGGCUGGUGGGCCGGCCAGGUGCACCGGCGCCUCGGCAUCUUCCCCGCCAACUACGUGGCGCCGUGCUGCCCGGCCGCCCGCCCCGCGCCGCCCCCCGCCCGGACUCCGCCGCCGCGGCCCGGCUCGCCGGUGCACGUCGACUUCGAGAGGCUGGAGCUCCAGGAGCUCAUCGGCGCCGGCGGCUUCGGGCAGGUGUAUCGCGCCACCUGGCAGGGCCAGGAGGUGGCGGUGAAGGCGGCGCGCCGGGACCCGGACCAGGACGCGGCGGCGGCGGCCGAGAGCGUGCGGCGCGAGGCCCGGCUCUUCGCCAUGCUGCGGCACCCCAAUAUCAUCGAGCUGCGCGGCGUGUGCCUGCGGCAGCCGCACCUCUGCCUGGUGCUCGAGUUCGCCCGCGGCGGAGCGCUCAACCGCGCGCUGGCCGCCGCCAACGCCGCCCCGGACCCCCGCGCGCCCGGGCCGCGCCGCGCGCGCCGCAUCCCCCCGCACGUGCUGGUCAACUGGGCGGUGCAGAUCGCGCGGGGCAUGCUCUACCUGCACGAGGAGGCCGUCGUGCCCAUCCUGCACCGGGACCUCAAGUCCAGCAACAUAUUGCUGCUGGAGAAGAUAGAGCAUGAUGACGUCUGCAAUAAGACGUUGAAGAUUACGGAUUUUGGGUUAGCGAGGGAGUGGUACAGGACCACCAGGAUGAGCACUGCAGGUACCUAUGCCUGGAUGGCCCCGGAAGUCAUCAAGUCCUCUGUGUUCUCCAAGGGAAGCGACAUCUGGAGCUAUGGAGUGGUGCUGUGGGAACUGCUCACGGGAGAGGUCCCCUAUCGUGGUAUUGACGGUCUUGCUGUGGCCUACGGGGUGGCAGUCAAUAAGCUCACUUUGCCCAUUCCUUCUACCUGCCCUGAGCCAUUUGCCAAGCUUAUGAAAGAAUGCUGGCAACAGGACCCUCAUAUUCGUCCAUCGUUUGCCUUAAUUCUUGAACAACUGACUGCAAUUGAAAAGGCAGUUAUGACUGAAAUGCCUCAAGAAUCUUUUCAUUCCAUGCAAGAUGACUGGAAGCUGGAAAUUCAACAAAUGUUUGAUGAGUUGAGAACAAAGGAAAAGGAGCUGCGGUCGCGGGAGGAGGAGCUGACGCGGGCCGCCCUGCAGCAGAAGUCCCAGGAGGAGCUGCUCAGGCGGCGGGAGCAGCAGCUGGCCGCGCGGGAGAUCGACGUGCUGGAGCGCGAGCUCAACAUCCUCAUUUUCCAGCUGAGCCAGGAGAGGCCCAACGUCAAGAAGAGGAAGGGCAAGUUUAAGAGGAGCCGCCUAAAGCUCAAAGACGGGCGUCGGAUCAGUUUACCUUCAGAUUUCCAGCACAAAAUAACCGUGCAGGCCUCCCCCACCUUGGACAAACGGAGGAGCCUGAAUAGCAGCAGCCUCAGUACACCGAGCAGCCCCACGGUGAUCCCCCGACUCCGGGCAAUACAGCUGACCUCAGAUGAAAGUAACAAAACUUGGGGCAGGAACACGGUCUGUCGACAAGAAGAAUUUGAAGAUGUAAAAAGGAAUUUCAAGAAAAAGGGUUGUACCUGGGGUCCAAACUCCAUUCAAAUGAAAGAAAGAACUGACUGCAAAGAAAGAAUAAGACCUCUCUCAGAUGGCAACAGUCCUUGGUCAACCAUCUUAAUAAAAAAUCAGAAAACCAUGCCGCUGGCUUCAUUAUUUGUGGACCAGUCAGGUGCAUGUGAAGAGCCACAACUUGCCCCAGACGGAUUGGAACACAGAAAACCAAAGCAGAUAAAAUCACCAAGUCAAGCCUAUGUUGAUCUCCCUCUUUGGAAAGAUAGCCAGAGAGAGAAUCUGGUGGAACCCGAAAGCUGGGAGGAGAGAACCUCAGUGAGCCCUGCCACCAGCAUUCCUCAGGGGACCCCUCCGAACAGUCUGAGCAGAUCCCCCCAGAGGAAGAAGACAGAGUCUGCUCUGUACGGCUGCACUGUGCUGCUGGCGUCAGUGGCUCUGGGCCUGGACAUCAGAGAGCUUGCGAAAGCACAGGCUGCUGAAGACCCGUUGCCCAAGGAAGAAAGGAAGAAACGCGAGGGCAUCUUCCAGCGGGCGCCUAAGUCCCGAAGCAGUGCCAGCUCCGCCACUAGGCUGCCAGCCACGGGCGAGGGGGCCAGCAGCCCAUCCCCACUCCCUCCGUCCAGUGCCGCGAACCUCCUGUCCAUGCCUUCUCUCUCCACCAAGUGUCUGCUGCAAACUGACGGCGAAGAUUCCUUCGAGAGCAGCACACACGUCCCUUGUGACCUCAAGGUGCCCAUUCCAGAUCCUUGCCCUGCCUUUGGAAGGAGGGAUCAGGAGCCAACCCCCGUGCCAGGAUUGGAGACCCAUCGUAGCGUGUGGGGAAACCUGUCUCCUUCCUUCACAGUUCCAGCACGUGCGGACGCGUCUUAUGCUGCUUCUUCGAAAGAAAGAACAGCACAUCACCGACGGACCGUGUCUGAUGGAAGUGCUUCUCAGCCCCCAGCUGGUGCAACUAUCAUCUCAGCCCCCGGAGCCACUGAGCUGCCCCCUGAGUGGGUUUGGGGGAGGCCCCCCUCGCCGUCUGGACCUCAUAGUGACCUGCCAAGUGAGGUCCCGCCCGAAAAACAGAGAGCUGUCCAUAUGGUGCCUCCGCCUCGCCCUCCCCACCUAAGAAGCCAGGUGAACAAAUGAAAACAGUGUGUCUACCUUUGAAUUGUUUUAUGCUGCUGUGUCUUCAAAGCUGUGGCCGUGUUACUAAAAUAGUAAUGGAUGUCUAACGUCUCCAAAAAUAUAUGUGAUUGCUGUUGGCUGACUGUAUUGUUAUUCCACUGGAUUCUUACCUAGCAACUUGAAAUACUACACACGUGUAAAACAAGUGUGCAACAAUGUAAAUCUAUGUUUAAGCACAAUUUUAAAUGCUUUGUUUGUUCCCAUUUAUAUCCUUAUCUAUUAGUACAUACAGAAAUUGUAAUGAGUGCGCCCUUUUUGUUUCCUUUCUUCCUGUUUCCUUCCUUUUGUUUUCUAUUUUCCUUUACCUUUUUCCAUUUCUUUCCUUUUUUUUUUGUUAUUUGUGCAACAAGAAGCCAAGAGUAAUGUGAUGUUAGCAAGUAAAGAUGUCUAUGUAAAAAAAAUUUGAUGACUAGAAUAGAUGGAGGGUCCUAUUUGAACUACCUAAACUCAGCAGUAGGCUUAUAAUGCAUAAGUAUGUCCAAAUCUUACCUAAAAUAUGCACUAUUUCUCUCUUUGAGAAAAUUUUACUGAAUGUAACUUGUAAAAGUUUUAAUGAAUGUAACUUCUAAAAAUUUUAUCCAUUAGAACUCCAAAGUAGAUUUUUCAAAAAGCCAGUCAUUGACAUUUGACUCAGACCAUACUGUAUACAGUUGAGAGGCGCUAACCUGUGUGUUCUCCCUGUAGAAAGGCCCUUCCUUCUUCCUUCAUCAGUAGCCAUUGAUUUGGUAUCCAGAAGUGUAAAGCUUUUCCUUUUGUCGUAGAGUUUUUAAAAAUUAAUCAACGCAUGCGUUAUGUGCCGAAGAAAAUUCAUGUCAUUUAAUAUUAUUUUUCUCUAUUUAAAUGCAUAAUCAUCCUAAUAAUUUCAAAUACAGUUAGAAACACUGCAAAGUCAAGAAACAGCAGUACGGUUAGAAUUUA